GCUGGGGGAGGUCUGACAUGGGGCUGGACUGACCACCCUUAGCACAGAGGUCCUAAGGCCGAGGAAAUGAGAAGCCCCUGGCUGCUGCUUCCCCACCCCAAAACUUGCCUGACAGCUUAAACCUUGGCUCAGGAAAGAAGUCAUGUGGAGCCCAGAAUAGCUCCUGCUGGACCUCGUGGCCAGGCUCCCUCCCCACAUGCUCAUGAGCUGGUCCCCAGAAGAGUGCAGGGGCAGGGAGAGCCCCCAUGACAGAUACACCCUCUGUGCCAGGCUGGUGGAGAAGCCCAGCAGAGGGUCUGAGGAGCACCUGGAGGCUGGCCCGAGACCCAUCGUCACUUGCACAGCCUCAGGACCUGCCCUUGCCUUCUGGCAGGCAGUGCUGGCCGGGGACGUGGGCUCUGUGUCCCACAUUCUCUCGGACUCCAGUACUGGCCUGACUCCUGAUUCCGUCUUUGAUACCAGCGACCCAGAGCGAUGGAGGGAUUUCCGCUUCAACAUCCGCGCUCUGAGACUCUGGUCUCUGACGUAUGAAGAGGAGCUGACCACUCCACUGCAUGUGGCGGCUAGUCGUGGCCACACAGAAGUUCUGCGGCUGCUGUUGAGGCGGCGCAAGCCGGACAGUGCCCCUGGGGGCCGCACCGCCCUGCAUGAGGCCUGUGCUGCCGGGCACACUGCCUGUGUCCGUGUGCUGCUGGUGGCGGGAGCAGACCCCAACACCCCUGACCAGGAUGGGAAACGCCCCUUGCAUCUCUGCCGGGGACAGGCAUCCUUGAGUGAGUGUGUGGAGCUGCUCCUGAAGUUUGGGGCACGAGUGGACGGUCGGUCUGAGGAGGAAGAGGAGACAGCUUUGCACGUUGCUGCCCGGCUUGGCCAUGUGGAACUGGUGGACCUGCUUCUAAGACGGGGAGCAUGUCCUGACGCUCGCAAUGCUGAAGGCUGGACACCACUGCUGGCUGCUUGUGACACCCGUUGUCUCCCUGAUGAUGCUGAGGCCACCUCUGCUCGCUGUUUUCAGCUGUGCCGCUUGCUGCUCUCAGCUGGAGCUGACGCGGAUGCUGCCGACCAGGACAAGCAGCGGCCCCUGCACCUGGCCUGUCGCCGUGGCCAUUCUGCCGUUGUGGAGCUGCUCCUGUCCUGUGGUGUCAGUGCCAAUGCCAUGGACUAUGGGGGCCACACGGCCCUGCAUUGUGCUCUGCAGGGUCCAGCCACAGCCCUGGGCCAGAGCCCGGAGCACAUCGUGCAAGCCCUGCUUAACCAUGGUGCCGUCCGAGUCUGGCCGGGGGCCCUCCCCAAGGUGCUGGAGCGCUGGUGCACAUCCCCGAGGACCAUCGAGGUACUGAAACACUUACAGGUCCGUGCAGCUACCCGAGGGAAGGCCAUGGGCCUGGUACCUCCUGAAACUCUGCAGAAGCACCAUCGGUUCUACUCUUCCCUCUUCUCCUUGGUGAGCAGCCCGCUCACUGCAGCAUCUGAGCCGUUGCACCCUCCGCUCUCACCUGGAGGGUCCCAGGCCAACCUGCCCCUCAGGCCCCAUGAACUGAUGAAUGAUCACAGAUACAAAGUGGAGUCUCUAGGGACACUGCGGUACCAGGAUUCUAAGAACCUGCAGCUGGGCCCCAGUCCCAGCCGCUGGCGGUGCACGCACAGUGAAGCACCCACGGGCUUGGACAGCGUCACCUGCUCGGGUUUCUUUGCCUUCGAAGCGUCUCCGACUAACGCCAGGGGGCGCUGCAGCACCCUGCGCCUCCUCGCGGUGGUGCAGUUGCGCCCUACUGCCACAGAGGGAGCCAGGGCAGGACCCGCCGCUGCCCACCGUAAUAGGACUCCCUGGCCAAUGAAUGAGUGA